AUGGCUUACACUUUGAAUGAGAUGUAUGGGGUUGAAAAGGGGGAGAAAAUUCUUGAGGAAGUGAAGCAUGAGCUCUUUGAAUUAUUCAAAGAGUAUAAGAAGAAGUAUGAUCGGGAAAAUGAUGCAAAUGCUAGCAUUGGAAUUCAAACAACUUCAACUUCAAGUGCUAGCAUUGAAAGUAUUAGUACCAAGCCCGAAUCAAUUUUAAAAGCUAAGUUCAAGAGACAAAAGUUAGCGAGCGGGGGUUAUGCAAACAAAAAAUCCGAACUUGAAGUCUACUUGAAUGAGGAUGUGCUCGAGGGAGAAGAAGAUCUUGAUGUUUUAAAGUGGUGGAAAUCAAAUUCCGAACGUUUUUGGGUUCUUUCAAGGAUGGUUCGGGACACGUUGGGUGUUCCAAUAUCAACCGUUGCAUCAGAGUCGGCCUUUAGCACCGGUGGGCGGGGCUAUUUCAGGGUUGUUUUGAAGGUUUAUAGCUGCUGUUUUUGGGACAGAAGUUCAGGGCUGUUCGGGUGCUUUUCGGGGUUGUUCUAA